AUGGCAGCAGCUCUAGUUAAAUGUGGCAUAUGCCACGAUGGUGAUGGAAAAUAUAAAUGUCCCAGGUGUGGUGUGCGAUAUUGUUCCUUGAAAUGCUAUAAAGAUGCUACAAAGCACGUUCAUGAGGAAAGCGAACAACCCGAGGCUAGUAUAAAAGCUAAUGCGGAGGUUUUGAACAAGGAUAAUUUCAUAGAUGGUACACCUGCAAUGAAGAAAACUUUAAAGACAAAAGCAUUCGAUGAUAUAUAUCAAAAUAAUGCUCAAUUACAAGAGCUGUUGAAGUACAAUACGGUGAAGUUUCACUUGACAAAGGUUUAUAGAAUUUUAUCUAGUAGCGUUAAGGAUGGAAGUUCUGGAAAAAUGAACAGCGAUCUGCAAAAAGAAUUAGCUGUAAAUUAUCUGAAUACAUUACGAUAUGGUGGUAUACAUUAUAAUGAAGCAAUCGAGGAAUUUUGCCAGAUUCUAUUAGAUAGGUUAAACACAGUUAAGAAGUAG